AUGCAUAAACGCAGUGAAGCUAUUGGCUGUGGAUGGCGCAGGAGGAGCAGGGCCAUGCAGGGCCAUGCAGGGCAAGCAGAGCCAGGGAACACAGGGCAAGGGGACAAAGUCAAAGAUGAGAGCCACGUCUAUGCAGCGAGUCACAGACAACAACCACUCACACAGUCAGAGGAGAACAGUUUUGUCAAAAAUCAGUUGAAAAGGGUGCUGUCAAGUCUGCAUCCUGAGUGCGAGUACAUUUUUCAGCUGGAGCGAGACGAACGACGCUGUCUCAGAAAGGUAGCCGAGCAUGGAAAUGUCAACAUCUCAGGGUGCCCCCCUGUGUGGGACUCAGUUGUAUGUUGGCCAAAAGCUGCAGUUGGUGAAAUGGUUCAUUCCAGCUGCCCAGACUUCUUCUCCCUCUUUGGAAACAACACAGGUACGAUCAGUCGUAACUGCACAAGCAGAGGUUGGUCCAGACCCUUUCCACCUUACGACAUCGCCUGCAGUGUUGAUGAUGACCUUCCAGAGGAGUCCUAUUUUGCUACCGUGAAAUUGAUCUACACUAUUGGUUAUGGGGCCUCAUUGAUCUCCCUCUCCGUCGCCGUGGUGAUUCUAUUGCUCUUCAGGAGACUCCGCUGCUCCCGAAAUUACAUCCACAUCCAGUUGUUCCUCUCCUUCAUUCUUAAAGCAGUGGCUGUUUUUAUAAAAGACGCUACGCUUUUUGCCAGUGAGGACAUUGACCACUGCACACUGUCCACUGCAACCUGCAAGGCCUCAGUGGUGUUCUGUCAUUACUGCGUGAUGACUAAUUUCUUUUGGCUGCUGGUGGAAGCUCUGUAUCUCAACUCUCUGCUGCUCUCAGCGUUUCCUCACAGCCGUCGAUGCCUGCGGGGCUUUGCCCUGCUGGGUUGGGGUGUCCCUCUGCUCUGUAUUACUCUGUGGAUUGUCACUAGAAUAUAUUUUGAAGACACAGAAUGCUGGGACAUAAAUGAGGAUUCUCCUUAUUGGUGGAUUAUUAAGGGCCCAAUUGUGGCAUCUAUUGCAGUGAACUUCCUGCUCUUUAUGAACAUCAUCAGGAUCCUGGUCCAGAAACUGAAUCCGCGUCUAAUACAGUUCAACAACUCUUCACAGUACAGGCGUCUGACCAAGUCCACUCUUCUUCUUAUCCCUCUCUUUGGCACUCACUACAUUGUGUUUAACUUCUUGCCGGAUUAUUUCAGUGUCAGUUUGCGUCUGUGUCUGGAGCUGUGUUUAGGUUCUUUUCAGGGCCUAAUUGUGGCAGUUCUCUACUGUUUUCUCAACCAGGAGGUCCAAAACGAGCUGCAGAUGAAGUGGAUGAGGUGGCAGGAGAGCAGUUACGUGGUGGUACCGGCCGGAGCCAAAGGCAGUCAAAUGGACACGCCGUUUUAG